AUGGUCUUGAUCCGGCUGCCAGGAGACUCGCCUUUCAAAGACGCGUCUUUUGAUAUAAGACACGCCUUUCCAGCUGUGCUGGAAGCCAGGCCAGGCCAGGCCAGGCCAGGCCAGGCCAGGCCAGGCCAGGCCAGGCCAGGCCAGGCUGUGGCCAGGCAGGCCAGGCCAGGCCAGGCCAGGCCAGGCCAGGCCAGGCCAGGCCAGGCCAGGCCAGGCCAGGCCAGGCCAGGCCAGGCCAGGCCAGGCCAGGCCAGGUUGAGGCCAGGCCAGGCCAGGCCAGGCCAGGUUGAGGCCAGGUUGGGCCAGGCCAGGCCAGGCCAGGCAGGCCAGGCCAGGUUAGGCCAGGCCAGGUUGGCCAGGCCAGGCAGGCCAGGCCAGGCCAGGUCAGGCCAGGCCAGGUUGGCCAGGUUGGUUGGGCCAGGCCAGGCCAGGCCAGGCCAGGCCAGGCCAGGCCAGGCCAGGCCAGGCCAGGGGCCAGGCCAGGCCAGCCAGCCAGGCCAGGCCAGGCUGCAGGCCAGGCCAGGCCAGGCCAGGAGGAGGGCCAGGUUGGCCAGGCCAGGCCAGGUUGAGGCCAGGUUAGGCCAGGCCAGGCCAGGAGGGCCAGGAGGCCAGGCCAGGCCAGGCCAGGCCAGGUUCAGGUUACAGGCCAGGCCAGGCUGGCCAGUCAGGCCAGGCCAGGCCAGGCCAGGCCAGGCCAGGCCAGGCUCCGGGCUGCGUUGUGAAAGUUUCUUAAAACCAUUGAACAUUUUGGCCCAGUGGGAAUCGAAACCGAACCUCAUGCACAGCGGUAUAUGUAUAUGCUACAAAGUAGACCAACAAGGAGACUGA